GUGAUGCAAGAAGUUUCUAGGAAAGCAAUAUCAGAGCUUGACAAAAUGGCUUGCGCAGCAGACAGCUGUAUCCAAUUCACGCGUCACGCCAGCGACGUACUGCUGAACCUCAACCGGCUACGGAGCCGGGACAUCCUCACAGACGUCACCAUCCUGGUCAACAGACAGCAGUUCCGCGCUCACAAGACUGUCCUCAUGGCCUGCAGUGGGCUGUUCUACACUAUAUUUACGGACUCCCUGAAGUGUAACCUGAAUGCCAUCAGUCUGGACCCCAAGGUGGACCCCGAGGGGUUUGCCGUCCUGCUGGAGUUCAUGUACACCUCUAGACUGACGCUGAAGGAGACUCUGAUCAUGGCUAUCAUGAACACAGCCAUCUACCUACAGAUGGAUCACGUUGUAGACACUUGCCACAGAUUCAUCAAAUCCAGCGACCCUGGCCAGGCCAACAAACUGCCCAGAGAUGAGUUCUUAGUCAGCCCCUUGCUUUUACCUCAGGGCAUCCAUGCAUACCGGCCCCACGAUGUGGUCGACAACCUGCCCGGCCGGGUCGGCCCCUACAGAGACGGGAGGCCCUACGGCUCCAGCAUGUUCAAUGGGGUCAAUUCCCCCAGCAACUACCACCUCUACGGUCAGUUCCCCGUCCAGGGCUUCCCUUUUCCUCUCUGCAAGCUGACAGACGCCAAAAACACGUUCGCUGACUUCUCUAAAGGCGGGAUCCACCACAAGCACUGUUCACCCCCGGACACGAGCAGCGCCAUGAGGGUUGAUUACAGCCGGGCGGUGAGCGGGGGCUCGGCCAACAUCCAUCAUGCAGCAGCAAGUUACUUCUCCUCCAGGGAGGAGGAGAUGAGGAAGGAGAGCCAUGAGGGAGGGGUCAGCCAGGCUGGUGGGGUGGGAGGCUCCAGGAAGAGAGGGUUCGCCGGGGCGGCCCACGAGCAGCAGAAGGUGGUUCUGGGUAAGGAGCACGGUCCUCAGAUGACAGAGGAAGACACGAGCCAGCAGCACUACCCUCUGGGGAUCUCCUCAGCCGGACGGAAGGGCCUGAUGAGUAGCCCACAGAGCCCGCUCAAAUCUGACUGCCAGCCUAACUCCCCCACCGAGUCCAGCAGCAGUAAGAAUGCAGGUCUCUCCCAGGCCGGCCGGGUUGGUGCCCAGCUACCACAGGGCAGCCAGGACCCCAAGGCACGCAACUGGAAGAAGUACAAGUUCAUCGUGCUCAAUCAGAGAGCCACCAAGGAGGAGGAUGUUGGGUUGCAGGAGCCGGUGGUAUACUCCCCCCAGCGUCUGGGUCUGCCCCCUUACCUCCACCCUUCAGACUCAGAGCACCUGGACCCGCAGGCCAACACCAAGCUCAGUGAGCACGGAGAGGACCUGCCGGUUCCACAGACCUCCCGACUCCACAACAUCAACAGAGCUCUGGAGGGAUCACAGAAGACCGCUGACAGCCGCUCCUCUCUCUACAUCAGCCACUUAAAGUGCACCUCCUGCGGUGCCCCGCCCCCGCAGCACUCUGAAGUGUGUCCCAACACCCCGGCUUCCUGUUUAGCGGAGGAGAUGAUGUCAGAGUUACACUCUGAGUACUCUGACUCCAGCUGUGAAAACGGUACGUUCUUUUGUAACGAAUGUGACUCCAAGUUUGCGGAAGACGAAGCCCUGAAGCGCCACAUGCUGCAGGCCCACAGUGAUAAGCCAUACAAGUGUGACCGCUGUCAGGCUGCUUUCCGCUAUAAAGGAAACCUCGCCAGCCACAAGACAGUCCACACCGGAGAGAAGCCGUAUCGCUGCAACAUCUGUGGCGCUCAGUUCAACCGACCAGCUAACCUCAAGACCCAUACUCGUAUCCACUCAGGGGAAAAGCCAUACAAAUGUGAGACGUGCGGAGCUCGAUUCGUGCAGGUUGCCCAUCUCCGUGCCCACGUGUUGAUCCACACCGGGGAGAAGCCGUACCCGUGCGAGAUCUGCGGAACGCGCUUCCGUCACCUGCAGACGCUGAAGAGUCACCUGCGCAUUCACACAGGAGAAAAGCCCUAUCAUUGCGAGAAAUGCAACUUGCACUUUCGCCACAAGAGUCAGCUUCGAUUGCACCUCAGACAGAAACACGGAGCGAUUACCAACACCAAGAUCCAGUACCGCUUGUCCACUACAGAGCUGCCAACAGACCCGACCAAGGCCUGUUAAACUGGAGCAGGCCCAACAGACGGGGUCAAUCUUGACCACGGCAUUCAAUGACCCACCAACGCGUACAAUCCUUCCAACAUUGUAGUGCCACACUGUGUUGACCAGAUGGCUCAGUAAUACGGCAGUGUAUAUGCCAUUCUUAAAAACGGGUUUCCUCUACCAUGUGAACGUAGUACCAUUUAUGGUAUCUUAGUCAUUGUUUCUAUAUAAAGACAUAUAGAUAUAAUUGGGCUGGGAGUGUUUUUAUAAGCUUUGAAGGGUAUAUUAAAAAGCUUUAUUUUGUUGAGAGAGAGAAAAAAGGAUGGAAUGUUACAUAAAUCCAGUUAAAGGAUACAGUAUUUUAUAUUAAAUAACUUUUCUGAAAGUAUUGACAUUUUUGAUUGGAAGGGUGGUAGUAUAUUUUUAAGGUAAAUGGUAUUUCUGGCUGUAAGAAAUAUUGCAUUUUUUUUCUAUACAUUUUUCUAAUUUAGACGUACAUGUUAGUCCAUGUAGAUUUGACCCUUUCAUGUCUCGACAACAACAAAAACAAUUCUGAACUCCAGAAUGACUGGUGAUCUAAGCGGACGGAAUGACGCAUAACGACACAGUUACUACUGUUACCAAUAGUUACCAAUCGAUGAAGUGGAAACUGCAUACAUGAGUAUUGUGACAUACUGUGUAAUACAUUUGAACUAUAUCCACUGGGUUGCCCUCUGCUGGCAGAGCCAAUCUAGAAUUAAAAUGUUAAAAAUAUGCAUUUCAAGGUACUGCUUUGGGUAUGGACCAAGAAGAUAUUUUUGCUUCAAAAUGUAUUUGUAUAGAUCUGAUGUGUGUGUGUGUUUUUUGUUUAAGUGAACGUUCCCAGUUGUCAUUGUACUAGAAGCUACAGUAAAAGGGUAUAUCAGAUGUUUGUACAUACACUGUGUACUGAAGGUGCCUUCUCUAUGGUGACUGAAUUCCUUUCCAUUCAGCCCAGUUCUGUUUAUUGAAAAGGUACAACUCAAGGACAGCACUAGUCCUAGUUUAUAUUUUGUGUGUUUAAAAAAAAAAAAAAAAAAUGCUUUUCACCUUAUGACAUAAAUUCAUCA